AUAUUUUAGCACAAGCCUAUGGCACUUUAAAUUGCAUAAAGUAGCCUAGCAGCUAGCAGACUCUCCCCUACUCACAUUAAGCCAGGGCCAACAGCAACAUUAACAAUGUCAGUUCUACCAAAUAAAACCAUGCUGAAAAUUGCUGACUUUAAUCUAUGUUUGGUUAUUUAAGUUGGUCUUCUGACCUUAAUUUCUGUUUGGUCUUACAACCUUUAAUUUCAGUUGGUCCUCACUGACCUUUUUUAUGUUCAGCAUAUAGACACCCAUGGUCUGCAGAACCAUGCACUUUUCAGCCUUCCUUUCUGGCAUAUCACCAUUAUUUCUGAUGUCACAUCUUACUUAAUCUCUGGCUUUUAUAUUGGUGGUUAGACCUCAACACGUUUGCUCUCAGCUUUCCUUUUCAAUCUAUCAUCUAUCACCAUCCAUUAUUUUGCGGCUCCCUACCUCAGGGUAUCCACGGAUCCUUGAAAAGUCUUAAAAAGUCUUAAAUUCAUGUAUCUAAAAUUAAGGCCUAAAAAUGUCUUAAAUUCAUUAGAAAUGUCUUAAAUUGGUCUUAAAUUCCUUACUCAAAGGUCUUAAAAUUGUUGCGGCAGGAAUAUUUAAUCUGACUUUCUUUCUUUUCUUUUUUUUCCCUCUGCUACUACUACUACUACUCCUCCUUGCGUUCUGCUACCGUACUUGCACUAUGCGCAGUCCGGCAUAACAAUGGGGAAGUGUAAGUUUAACGAGAGUUGGCUGGAAGACCAUAGAUUUAGAAACUGGCUCAAGUCGGUUGCUGGCCAGCCAGAUGAGGCAAGAUGCAUUUUCUGCAAAAAAAAAUUCAAGCUCGGCACUAUGGGCAUUAAGGCGGUGGAGAGUCACAUGCAAGGCGAGAGACACAAAACGGCUGCUAAGAGCCACCAACAGACGCCAGGAAUUUUGCAGUUCUGCAGCGUGUCUGCCCCGGGCCCAGUGCCCCAGACGACGGCUGCCGCUGCUAGCAGCUCUGCUGAUCUGAGAGCAACGUUUGGCUGAACACCGACACUAAUAGCUGAAGUUUUGUGGAUUCUCAACACAAUUACGAAGCACCAGUCCUACACCUCCAAUGAGGGGAUUGGAGAUCUCUGUCGUUUAAUGUUUCCCGACUCCCAAAUCACCUGCACAUUUGCUUGUGGAAAGGACAACAUGGCCUACGUAACAAGUUUCGGAGUAGUACCUUACAUCAGAAAUCAGCUUAUCUCCAAUGUCAGCGAGUCAUUUUUUUGUUUUAAUAUUUGACGAGAGUCUAAACCACGCAACAAAAAAGAAGCAACUCGACGUGCACGUGCGAUAUUGGGUCGGGGAUCAAGUGCAUUCACGUUACCUGGGCUCACAAUUCAUGGGGCACACAACAGCUCAAGAUUUAAUGCACCACUUCAAAGUAAGUAAUACGCAUUUUGUCAAUGACUAAUUGUUAGCGUAACGUUCAUUUUGGCAGAUACUGGCAAUGUUAUGAUGUAGGCCUAUUCAGUAUACAUAGGGAAUGAUGCUGUGUUAGCUAGAUUAUCGCAACAUCUAAAAAACAAACUACAAAAGGCUCAAAAUAAAUUGCUGAGGGUUAUAUUACAGCUUCAUCCACGUUCACAUCUUGGUCCUGCACAUUUUGAAAAGCUUAACUGGCUGACGGUGGAAAAAAUAACUACUUACAUUAAAGAUGUUGCUCCCUUAAAAAAUUGUUAAUAAUUUUGAUUAUCAUCAUAUUCAUGUCAUUCUCAGGAGUAUGUGGAGAGGCUGAACCUGAGGAACAUGAUGUCCAUCUCCAUGGAUGGACCAAAUGUAAACUGGAAGUUCUUUGAGCUUCUACAGCAAGAGCAUGCUGAGCAGAAUGGUGGUGCCCAGCUGGUUGUUGUAGGUAGCUGUGGCCUCCACACCCUACAUAAUGCAUUCAAAUGUGGAUUCUCCAUGUGGCAAGUGGAGAAGGUGUUGAGGGCGAUGCACUUUCUUUUCCACAAUACACCAGCGAGGAGGGAUGACUUCAUUGCUGUCACCAAAUCCUCGGUCUUCCCAUUACCAUUCUGUGGCCAUAGGUGGAUUGAGAACUUGCCAGUUGUGGAGAGGGCUAUGGAGGUGUGGCCAUCACUGGUGAAGUAUGUGGGUGCAGUGAGGAUGAAGAACGUUCCAAACCCUGGAACAGCCUCCUUUGACAUCAUAGAAGCAGCCCGGGCAGAUCCGCUCAUCUUGCCCAAGAUACACUUCUUCAUGGCUAUCUCAAGGACCUUCACUCCCUUCCUGACAAGUACCAGACUGACGCACCAGUCAUGCCAUUCCUUUGCAAAGACUUGGCUGAAUUGUUCAAGAGUGUGCUUAGAGGGAGCAUCUCCACGACAUCACUCCACUUCAGCUUGUCAGGCUGGAUGUCACUGAUCAGAAGAGCUGGGUCAACCUGAAGGAAGCUGACAUAGGCUUGGGUGCUGAGGCAGCCCUCAAGGUAAUUUAGAUGUAUUACUUAACUUUCUAUCAAAUGAUGGUUCAUAUCCAGGCAGGAGAGAAUACUGUUAGGCCAUUCAGCUGUAUUUACCACACAUUACCCAUCUGUCAGUACCUCCAGAGAAAGAACAGCGUAGGAGAGCUCACUGCCCUAGAGUUUAGGAAGGACUGCGUGAAGGGUAUGUCAAAUAUCCUAAAGAAAGUCCAGGAGAAGAGCCCCCUGAAGUACCCCAUCGUGAGACAGAUGGCAUGUCUGGACCCCACAGUCAUGUACACCGACCCAGAUUGGUGCCAGGGAAAAAUGAGAAAUGUAGUGCACAAGUCUCUGCAAGACAAGCAGUUGUCUGGAGGUGUCUCUGCUGGUAUGAAUAGUUAAUAGAAUAGUUAUGGGAAUGUUGUUACUGAUUAUUAGCCAGUGGACAAUUGGACAUAAGUCUGUCUGCUAAUAUCAUGAUUAAUCAUCUAAAUAAUAUUUCACAUAUUUCCUUUCAUCUGUUUUGUUACAGGUGAUGUGAUUAUCCAACACAGCACAGCAUUUUGUAUUGAGUAUCAUUUUAUGCUCAAUAAACAGACAAAAAGUAAACUUGAAUGAAUCUCAUUGAGUGACACACAUGCUAUGCUUCGGUUGUAGUACAGCGGGAUCCCCCAACCAUCGCUUAUAUUUAUAGUUUUUUUGGUCUUAAAUUUCAUUCAAGGUGGCAUUAAAAAGGUCUUAAAAAGUCUUUAAUUUAACUUACUGAAACCUGCAGAUACCCUGCUAGCUGUCAUUCCAGACAUAUUCCUACCACACGUUUCUCACCAAAGUUGUACUAUCUCAUUCAUGGCUUAUUUCUGUCAUAUACGUAACUAUGCACAUAUCCAUUCCAUAGUCUUUCACAUUUGCUUUAUGUGCAUUUCUCUAGCUACGCGUCUCCCCUUAAUUUUC